AUGCAUCUUUGGGUAUUAUUUUCUGGUGAAAAGCUCAGUGGGAAUCCAUUUUAUUCAGUGUCAUGAAAAAUCUACUGUGAGGAGGAUUUUUUUUACUCAGGAGUUCACUCAUCCUCAGAGGCAUGUAACAGCGGUGGGUUUUUAAUCUUGGACAUGGUUUUGCAGGCUCAUGGGAAGUCCUACCACCCGUCGUGCUUUCGCUGUGUGGUCUGCAGACAGAGCCUGGAGGGUCAGCCCUUCUCUGUAGACGCAGACACCAGAGUUUACUGUGUUAGCGACUACCAUAAGGUCCAAGCUCCACUGUGUGCUGCAUGCAAGGUGCCGAUAUUGCCAACUGAGGGGUUGACAGAUUCUAUUCGAGUGGUGUCCUUUGACAGAAAUUACCAUGUAGAGUGCUACAUUGGUGAGGUCAACCUCAUUUGAAGACUGGAGCAACUUGGCAUGCAUCUUUCUUUCUUUUUUUCUGCUGGUCUUGUUUAUUUAUAUAUAAAUAUAUGAAACAUAA